CGUCUUGUAGUCCGGAAUUUUUUCUUCCGGCAUGCCUUGGUUUUCUUUUUUGUUUUGUAAUUGUUAUUUCCGUGCGUGUUGCACGAGAUUUUUCUGGCACUCGUCGCCUUACUCAGUACAUGUACAGUCAUACUGUUAUUACAGUUGUUUACUCUGCCCACAAUCUUUUCACCGUUUCGUUUCGUUUCGUUAUGUUUCGUCACAAUAAAUCAUAGAACAACGGUUAACUAGCUGUGUUAUUAAUGGAGGCAGCAUAGUGAAAAGAUUAGUGAAACAUUCCAGAGUUUCAACUACAUAGACAUGGCUCAUAACCUGGGGAAGAUUUCUACAGAGGAUGAAGAUACGUCACGUAGAGUGCACACCCUCACACAGAAAGCACAAGAACAAUAUCAAGAAAAAGUUCAGAGGUAUAGAGACAUACUUUUACGCUUCUCAGAGGAUAUUGAAAGUGUAUUGAUAGAAUGUGCUUCAUCUGCAAAAGAGAUCUACGCAUUAAAGUCAGUGAAAGAAAAACUUGAGGACAGUUUCAAGCGUUACAAAGAUUAUCAUGAAGAAUUUGGUGAUUACCUCGAUAGAAAACACACAGCUGAUAGUACACAAGAGUUAGACACUAUACGGAAGAAUUUUAACGAGAUAAAUAAGAAGGUUCAAAACGCUUUAGUGAAAGUACAAGAUGAUAUUGAUUUGGUCCAGUUGGAAGUGAACUCUAACCCGUCUCAUAAGACAGCAAGUUCUAAAUCAUCAACCCUUAGUAGACGUUCACAACAGAAAGUGGAGGAAGCUAAAACCCGCCUUAAAAUUGCUGAACAGUCUGCAAAACUGAAAAAACAAAAGUCCAAAAUUACCCUAGAAGACAAAAUCCACAAAGCUCAAAGUCAACAGCAACAGGAAGAUAUAGAUGUGGAAUUGGAUCUACUGCAAAAACAGGAAGAACUGGACAUUGCAAAUAUGCGUCUUAAAUUUGAACUUGAAGAGGAGGAAGAAACCACGGAACAUCAAGAUUUAAAACCCAGUGUUCCUAGUGUAUCUGGUGAGCAGAAAACAAGAAACUUUGUUGACAAUCUCACAUUGAACCCCAAUGCUGAGCCUUUCAUAUUCAAUAGUGGAACUCGUACAAACCAUCUUCACAGAAAUGUUGACAAUUAUUGUUCUCCACUGCUACAGAUACCAACACAGUCUACCGUGAAUUUACCAUCACAGAACUAUUCAGAUGCCUCAAAUUUCCUACUCAAAAAGAACUUACUGUUGGAAAGUUUUCAACAACAGCGUUUUGAUGACAAACCAGAUCGAUAUGUAGUGUGGAAAACACAGUUUAAGACGAUGGUGCCAGAAAUAAGGUGUUCACCACUGGAAGAAUUAACUCUUCUCACCAAUUGUACAAACAAAAACUCAGAAGCUAACAGACUGAUUAUGAGUCUUAGAGCUUCAUGUGCGAGUAAUCCAGAACUAUGCUUAUUCAAUAUCUGGAAACGUAUGGAUGAACGAUUCGGAUCGCCUGAAUUGAUAGAAUCAAGCCUGAAAUCUCGUCUGCAAGUUAUAACAGAUUUCGCAGACCACAAGAAGUUGUAUGAACUUCAUGACCUACUUUGCGAGGUGCAGGCCGUGAAAGCUAUUCCAGAAUACAGUGUGAUGUUUUCAUACCUUGAUUCAUCCCUUGGAUUAAAACCAAUUGUUCAACGACUUCCUCGUUAUCUCCAGGAGAAGUGGAUAACUCGUGUUGUCCAUUACAAGAAAGAACACUGUGUAAUCUUUCCUCCUUUCAGUGAGUUUGUGGCAUUCAUUGGUGAGAUGAGCAUCAUCAGAAAUGAUCCUGGGUUGAUAUUUGAUGAUUCUAAUAAGGAGAACCGCCUUGAUCGCAAAGGACAAAGUAAAGUUAAAUCUGCCGUAUUUACCCACAAAACUGACAUUUCAUCAGAAACAGUGAAUGGCGGACAUCAGUGUUUGAUUCACAAAGGAUCUCGACAUACUAUAAACAAGUGUAAAGCUUUCAGAACCAAAAGUAUCGAGGAACGCAAACACAUUCUACGAGAUCAUAACAUUUGUUUUCGUUGUUGUGAAACGUCAGAUCAUUUCGCUAAUCGAUGCAAAUCCAAAGUUUUGUGUGAUGUGUGUAAAAGUACCUACCACUGUACAGCUCUUCAUGAGGAUGUUAGUAACCGUCAGAUGUCCAGGAAUUCUUCUUCCCGACUAAACCAUGGCGAGGAGGAAAACUCACUUUCUGGAAAUGUGAAGCAGUCAGUUUCUUCUAACUGUACUGAUAUUUGUGGUGAAUUUAGUGGAAAGUCGUGUGCAAGGAUUGUACCAGUGCGCGUAUAUGUUCAAGGUCAACGUCAAGCAUCGAUUGUGACUUACGCUAUGUUGGAUGACCAAAGCAACAAAACUCUAGGUAAAAGUUACCUUUUUGACUCUUUGUGUAUCAAAACUCUGCCAGUUGACUACACAAUGCAAUCGUGUUCAGGCAAGGUUACCAGUAGUGGGCGUGUUGCUGACAACCUUGUCAUCGAGCCAAUCAGUGACAAUCAUCAGUUGAAAUUACCACCUGUCUUGGAGUGCGAUAACAUACCAAACAGUCAGACGGAAAUUCCUACACCGGAUAUCGCUCGUCAUUAUCCACACCUGCAGGAUAUUGCUCGAGACCUACAUCCGUUAGAUCCAUCUAUGGACGUCCUCCUGCUUAUCGGACGGGAUCUUCCAGAGGCACAUCACGUUAUUGAUCAGAGAUUAGGACCACCACGUUUUCCUUUUGCUCAACGAUCUCCUUUAGGAUGGACAAUUAUUGGAGAUGUUUGUUUGUCUGGAAAACACAUUCCACCAUUACACGUCAACAGAACUUUUAUCAAUAAAAGUGGUCGACCUACAAUGUUGGAACCUUGCAAACAAACGUUAAACAUACAGAACACUGUCAUCACUACGAACAAGACUGUCAUCGGAAAAACAGAUAUCUUCAAGAAAACACCAGAUGACAAUAAACUCGGCCUCUCGAUUGAAGAUCGCACUUUUCUGAAGAUUAUGGACGACAAGUUUCAUCUUGAUCCAACCGAAGGAAAAUGGACUGCUCCAUUGCCCUUCCGGCAAAAUCGUGAACAACUUCCAGACAACUACUCACAAGCAUUGUUUCGUGCUAAAUGUCUUGAUGCCUCCUUAAGAAAAAACAACGUCAAGAAGGAACAUUUCACUACAUUUAUGCAGAAAAUAUUUGACUGUGAUCAUGCAGAAUUGGGUCCAUAUAUACUACCGGAUAAGGAACAUUGGUACCUUCCACUUUUCGGAGUCUACCAUCCUCAUAAACCUGAUCAAAUUCGUGGUGUCUUCGACUCCUCAGCGGAAUUCAAGGGUGUGUCCUUGAACCAACAGCUGUUACAAGGACCUGACUUCAUAAACAAUCUCCUGGGAAUUCUCAUUCGUUUCAGGAAGGAAAGAGUAGCCGUAGUUGCUGACAUUCAAAGCAUGUUUCACUCAUUUCUGGUGGAUGAAGGCCAUCGUGACUAUUUACGUUUCUUGUGGCACAAGGAUAAUGAUUUUGAAAAACCACUGGUUACUUACCGCAUGAAAGUUCACGUAUUUGGCAAUCGUUCCUCUCCUUCCGUGGCAAUGUAUGGUUUACGUCGCAUUGGUGAGCUAGCUGCUAAGACCCAUGGACAGGAAGUGAAAGACUUCAUUGUGAACGACUUUUACGUAGACGACGGCUUGAAAUCUUGUGCAACUACUUAUGAGGCAGUCAGCCUCAUACACAAAACUCAGGAUGCCAUGAAGGAGUAUGGUAACAUAAGACUUCACAAAUUCGCAUCUAACGUCAAAGAAGUUAUGGAAGCCUUUGAUUCUAAUGACCUUGCCAAGAACCUUGUUGACCUGAAUUUCGAUAAGGAUGCCUUAACUCAAAGCAGUCUUGGACUUCUGUGGGACUUACAGACAGAUACCAUUAAAUUCAAAGUUUCUAGUGAAAACAAACCGUCUACAAGGAGAGGUGUACUUUCUGUUGUGAACCGUCUUUAUGAUCCUCUCGGAUUCAUCGCCCCAGUUAUUGUUCAGGGCAAGAUCAUUUUGCGGAAAGUAGUGUCAGACACGUCAGACUGGGAUGAAGCCCUACCUGAUUACCUACUUGAAGAAUGGGAGAAAUGGAAGAAUGACUUACCCGACUUGGAAAAGUUACAAAUUCCUCGAGUGAUUGUUCCUAAUCUGAGCGAAGCACAUAGGAAAGAACUACUCAUUUUCUGUGAUGCGUCCGAACUAGCCAUAGCUGCUGUUUGCUAUUUAAAGGUGCACUAUCCCGAUGGUUCUACUUCUCAAGGCUUCGUUUUAGGGAAAGCGAAAGUGGCCCCUGUCAGUGGACAUACAAUCCCUAGACUAGAACUUUGUGCCGCGGUACUUGCUGUAAAUGUAGGACAAACAGCAAAAGAACAGCUAAAGAUAGAAAUAGACGAUGUGAAAUAUUUUAGUGACAGUCGGAUUGUGUUAGGAUACAUAAACAAUGCUAAGAAACGAUUUUUUGUGUACGUCGCUAAUCGUAUUGCUCACAUUCUCAGUCUAAGUGAUCCGUCACAAUGGUCCUACAUACGUAGUGAAAUCAACCCAGCAGAUGUUAGCACGAGAGGAAUUCUCCCGAGGGAAAUGCAGAACUGUGUCUGGAUCUCUAACCUAGAAAAAACAGACAUCAUAACUUCUGAAGAACAUUUUCCUCUUGUGAGUCCCGAGGAAGACAAGGAAAUCCGCUGUAACAAAACUGACAUUGAGACAAAAUCAGCUUACGGCCUGAGCAAUGAUUUCCUCACAAAAUUCUCAAAGUGGAACAAACUUGUAGCAGUGGUUGCUAAAGUUUAUGGAUUUAUUCAGAAGUGUCGUAAAGCAGAGAACAUGAUGAGUGAUGUUGACCUUCUGUGCAAAGCUGAAAUGGUCAUUAUCAGAGACAUUCAACAGAAAUUCUAUUCUGAGGAAAUUGAAAACUUACAGGACUCUAAACCUUUGUCAAAAAACAGUCCUAUUCAAAAACUAGACCCGUUCAUUGACAGUGAAGGCAUUUUACGUGUUAGUGGUCGUUUGCGAAACCUCAGUGCUGAUGCUUCAUUCAAGAAUCCAAUGAUUCUACCCGCAAAACAUCAUGUAACUACUCUUAUCGUCAGGAAACUUCACUCAGAUGUCAAACACCAAGGACGUCAUAUUACAGAGGGUCAUAUUCGUUCAUCUGGAUUUUGGAUCGUCGGAGGUAAAAGACUUGUGUCAUCUGUCCUUCACAAGUGCGUCACUUGCAGGAAGCUUAGAAAAGUACCAGAAUACCAGAAAAUGUCUAACUUACCUGAGGAUCGUCUCAUACCAGGACAACCACCCUUCUCUAACGUUGGAGUUGACAUUUUUGGACCGUGGAAUAUCAUCACACGACGUACCAGAGGUGGCGCAGCAAACAGUAAAAGAUGGGCUGCUCUAUUCACUUGCCUCGUUACCAGGGCUGUACAUAUCGAAGUCAUAGAGGAAAUGACGUCAUCUUCAUUUAUAAAUGCGCUCCGUCGAUUUAUCGCCAUUCGUGGGCCUGUUCACGUCUUUCGAUCUGACAGAGGAACAAAUUUCAUUGGUGCUGCCAAGGAGUUAAAGGUCAAUGUGAUAAAUGUAGAGGAUGAACAUCUCCACAACUUUCUCAACGAGCAGAGAACAACGUGGAUCUUCAACCCUCCCCACUCCUCUCACAUGGGAGGAGUGUGGGAACGUAUGAUUGGGAUCACCAGACGUAUACUGGAUGCUAUGCUACUCGACUACGGAUCUAGGAGUUUAACGCAUGAGGUGCUCACUACGUUCCUAGCAGAAGCUUCAUCCAUAAUCAACUCAAGACCCCUUGUGUCGGUACCUACAGAUCCUGAGAAUUCAUUUGUGUUAUCCCCAUCAACUCUACUCACUCAGAAAACAAGUGUUAAAGACAACAAACUGUUCUCUGAUCAUGUUAACAAGAGCGAGUUGUUACAGACACAGUGGAGGAGGGUACAACACUUAGCAUCUAUUUUCUGGAGACGAUGGAAGACAGAAUACUUGAACACUCUUCAGAUGCGCCGUAAGUGGAAUCUACCCCAAAGAAAUCUAUCAUCUGGUGAUGUGGUGUUACUUUGCGAUAAAGAACUACCCCGUAAUUCUUGGCCAAUGGGAAUCGUUGUCAAGUCUCUACCAAGUGAUGAUGAUUUAGUGCGUAAAGUGAUAAUUCGUAUAAUCGCGAAUGGUGAACCUAAAACUUAUGUGCGUCCGGUUACAGAACUUAUCGUUCUUGUGGAACAGUGAACAUUUCUGUCAUUCAGUGCAACAGAUAAUACAAGAGACUGUAAAUGGACUGUAAUUUAAUUUAUUACAUGUUUACAUUAUCUUAAAUAUCUUUUUUGAAAUUUGAUGAUAUUGUUAAUAUCAGGCGAGGAGUGUGCCGUCUUGUAGUCCGGAAUUUUUUCUUCCGGCAUGCCUUGGUUUUCUUUUUUGUUUUGUAAUUGUUAUUUCCGUGCGUGUUGCACGAGAUUUUUCUGGCACUCGUCGCCUUACUCAGUACAUGUACAGUCAUACUGUUAUUACAGUUGUUUACUCUGCCCACAAUGUAAGUAUUUCAUAUAUUUAACUUUCAGUUAUUUGUAUAACGCUUAUAUAUUUUCGGCAAAGUAUUUCUUUCUUAUGUGUGUGAAUUUUCUGUCAAAUUUUACCGGGAAUUUUGAGUGUCUAAAUUUUUCCAUGUUUUGUCAAUGUAUGCAGAUAUUUGUAAAGUAAUGCUAAUUUUACACACACAUAUUUCUCAGUAUUGUGUCAUAUUUAUUGAGCAAAGGUAUUUUUUCAGAUUUUUCAUUAAUUUUCUGAACUUUGAGCAUUGUACAUCACACUUAUUAUUGUCUUUGUCUAUUGUAGCUUUUCACCGUUUCGUUUCGUUUCGUUAUGUUUCGUCACAAUAAAUCAUAGAACAACGGUUAACUAGCUGUGUUAUUAAUGGAGGC